CUCCUAUGUUUCCCGGGCACAAGCUGCACCCCGGCUCUGGCGGACGGACGCGCAGCGGUUUCGGCUGCUCGCUCUCUCCACCCGAGCCCCCUGGCUCCUCCCGGGCCACGGCGCGGCUGCCCGAGGUGGCUCCCACGGACGGGAAGGAGCCGCUCCGCUCCAUCCCGGCCCGUCGCUUCCUCGCCGUCGCACAACGCCCCGCGCCUUUCCGCUCCAGCUCCGCCUUUCCUUUCCGCGCUCCCAUGGCCGGGGCGCCGGCGGCCCCGGUCACGCAGCAGGUCGGGCGGGCGCGGGGCUGCGGGCGGCGGCCGGAGCAGGAGCAGCUGCGGGAGGCCGCCCGCUGCUUGGUGCUGGACGCGGACGGGAGGGGUGUCCCCUUCCAGGCCCUGUACGCGGAGCGGAAAGCCAUCGUGCUGUUCGUGCGGAAUUUUUUGUGUUACACCUGUAAGGAGUACGUAGAAGAUCUGGCAAAAGUCCCCAAGGCAUUUUUACAAGAAUCGAAUGUGAGGCUUAUAGUUAUUGGACAGUCAUCAUAUCAUCACAUCAAGCCCUUUUGCAGUUUAACUGGAUAUACACAUGAAAUGUAUGUAGAUCCACAAAGGGAAAUUUAUAAAAUACUUGGCAUGAAAAGAGGUGAAGGCAAUAAAGUAUCAGUUCGGAGCCCUCAUGUCAAAUCGAACAUACUUCUGGGAAGCAUUAGGAGUGUAUGGAGAGCAAUGACUGGCCCAGCUUUUGAUUUUCAAGGAGACCCUGCUCAGCAGGGAGGAGCUCUGAUUAUAGGCCCAGGCAAUGAAGUUCAUUUUCUGCACCUUGAUAAAAACAGGCUGGAUCAUGUUCCCAUUAAUACAAUUCUGCACCUGGCAGGAGUUAAAACAGUGAAUUUCUCAAACACACCCCAGAUUAUUGACAUAUGACACUCGUGUAAUAUAUACUUUUUUUAAAAUUUGUGCUCUACAAGAACAGCUCUCCAGUGCACUCCAACAAGCUUUGGUUCUGUAGUGUCUCUGUGGGACAUCUGAAACCUUACAUAGAAAAUUGGGGCAUAGAAUAAACUACCUGGCAUUAGAGAUGGAUACAAAAGUGCUAUAUCCAUUGAGUACAAGACAAUAAAAACUAAAACACAACUGAGACUGAUUGCAAAAAAUCCUGGAAAAUCAAACAAUCUUGCUAAUACAUUUUAAAAAUCAUUGUUCAAGGUGCACUAAAGUAAGAAAUCAGAUUAUGCUCAGGAAGAACUUGGGAUUCUAGCCUUCAGCAGACCACAGAACACUGGCUUUCAAUCCAAGACUUCUCAGCACUGUUUUAAAGCUUCCAGCACUGUAUGACAGUUUUGUAUUGAAAUACACCUUGAAAAGUCACAAUUUUGAACAUGUGGACUUCAGUUUAUGCCCACUUUUGCAUCAGGAACUGGCAGAAGUUAUGAAAUACAUUUCACAAUUUCGAAUAAAUAUUUUAAAUACAUCAUCCUGUACUUCCUGCAAUUCUUUUGUGUGAUACAAAAACAUGGGUAUGUAAGCCCAGAGAGAGGUGUGUCUUAAAUUUGUAUCUGAUCAGAUUAUCAUUUUUUGGAGUUGGCCAAAUUAUUUGUAUUCCAAUGAAGAUUUACAGCAGAAUGUUCUUCUUCUGUAUGUAUGUUUUUUUCUCUCAGAGCAAGAGGUCUUUGAAUAAAUUGUUCUUAGUUAAUUCUGCCUUAGACAACUCAAGUAAGCGUAACAGUGUUCUGGUUUGCAGUUCUGGCAUAUUUCAUAUCAUCCAUUUAUCUACACAUGUUUAUGUUCAACAUCUAUGGCUUUCAUUAAAGUAGACAUGCCCUCUUUCAUCCAGGAGACGCUUCAUUUUAGCAAUUUGAAAAAAAAUAAAGAUUGUCCAAGAUUUA